UCUAGGGAAACGUGAGAGCUCCCCUCCAAUGAAGAUGUGAGGUGCUGCAGUUCUCCCCCAAUCGGAAGCGUGAAAGUAGAGCUGUCCCGCCUUAAGCCUGAGCGACCAAUAAGAGACGCCGGCGGCGUGUUUGAAAGCGAGGCCAAAGAGGGUGCGAGCGUGUGCUUCUGGGAGUUGUUUGCAAGUUGGUCGCACGGGCCGAACGGUCUCCGACAGCGCGACUAUGUCGCACAAACAGAUUUAUUAUUCAGACAAAUAUGACGACGAGGAGUUCGAGUACCGGCAUGUCAUGUUGCCCAAGGACAUAGCCAAGCUGGUCCCUAAAACCCAUUUGAUGUCCGAGUCUGAAUGGAGGAAUCUUGGUGUUCAGCAGAGUCAGGGAUGGGUCCAUUAUAUGAUCCACGAGCCAGAGCCUCACAUCUUGCUGUUCCGGCGGCCACUGCCAAAGAAGCCCAAGACAUGAGAAGUCGGAAGCCCCUUGCCAGCCUCGAGCUUCCCAUAGCUGUCCUCACUUGCUACCAUCUUUCCGAUAAUGUUGUGUCACCCUUCUGUCUCUCACUUUGAUAUUUAAAAGAUGUUCGGUGCACUGUCUGGAUGUGUUGGUGGCUGCUUUGCAGCAUCAGCAGCAACCCUGGUAACCGGUUGCAUGCAUGCUUCUGGGGCUGCAGUCCCUGCUGAGUGCCACCCCGUCGGCCUGCAUAGUGAGGUCUGCAUCUGCAGAGCACGGGACAGGGCGGGACAGCCAACCUAAGCAUCCUCCUGUCCCAGGGAGCCUCUAAACUGUCUGUUUUGGGCGUUUUCCUGUUGGGUAUUGUAUUAUGUAUGGGGAUUUCUGUUUCAGUGUUUUGGAAGCAUUCCAUUUUAUUCAAGAAACCUGUUCUGUGUUACAAGCCUUGAUUAAAGAGGAAGUUUUUAUAACUGAA